AUGAUAUCAGCGAGCCUCCCCGGCGAGGCGCUAGCCCAGCUGGGGCAGCUCGGGCAGCUGAGCCACCUGUAUCCGCCGCCACCGCCGGCCGGUAUGACGCCUGAGUUCCUGGCGCCACCGCCGCGGCCCUACCCGCGGUACCCACCGCGGCGGCCCCGGGACUCAAUGGCUGCACCACCUGCACCAGCAGCACCACCAUUCCCUUCAGUUCCUGGAGCUUAUUCGCCGUUCCUUCAUCACCCCUCCUACGCGUACUUAUACCGGUCGCGACCUCAAGCGCCACCAACUAACUACCAUCCCCGUCCCCGCGCUACCUCUGGCUUCGUACCACCUGCGCCGGCGCCGCAUUCACCACCUGUAUCUGCUCCAGCACCUGCUCCACCACCCAGAGAGGAACCUCCAACUUCUCCCGAAAGAGGUGCGCCGGCACCCUACUUUUGUCGUGGUGCGCUUAUCCGUCUGGAGGAUGGCUCACUACGGCGGGUUGAGGAGAUGCGUACGGAAGACUUUGUCAUGAGUGCCGACAGAAGCGGCGACCUCGCUCUCACGCAGUGCACAUUGCUGCGGCUUGACGAGCGAGGAGACCGACUCGCGCUGACCCUCACUUAUGACAGGAACCGCUCACAAGUUGAGCUGGAAUCCACAGUGGAGCAUCCGUUUUUCGUGUAUGGGAGAGGAUGGGCGUCGUGCAAGCCGGAGCGUACCAUGGCGCAGUACGGCCUUCGCGUGCAGAGGUUGCAGGUCGGCGACGUGUGCGUGUCCCUGGUCCCUCGCAAGCACGCGACGGGCACGGGUAAUACGGGCCUGCCCACUUCGGCACCGCCGCAAACACAACCGGAGAACCUCAGCGUAAAAGAGGACGCGCGAAAGCGGCGGUGGUCCGCCUCCGACUUGUGCGAGGACGACCUCCUUCCGUUAAAGAAGCGCUGA